GAAUGACAUCAUUGCUGUUGACCAUGACCACUUCCACUUUACCAUCCUACCUCUUCAACUCUCAACCGCAAGCUCAUCGACCAGCAAUACUCCUACCACCUUCAGCACUACUAGCAUCCGAACUACCACUCUCGAUCUGUUAUAGGGAACUCAAGGAUUACACUACCCGUCUGGCUACUCAACUCGAAUCCUUCGGUCCGCCUCAAAUCACCGUCAGUCUCAGUCUUAUCAACUCGCUCGAAUUCGUCACUUCCUUCCUUGCUUUGGCCCAGAACUCUUUCAUCGCCGCUCCACUUAAUCCGGGAUAUACUCAAGAUGAAGCGGAAUUCUAUUUGUCGGACUCGAAUUCGAAGCUUCUACUAGUACACAAAGGCGACUUGAGCUCGACGGCGACGGCUUCAGGCGCUGUCUUGGCAGCCCGCAAACUCGACAUUCCGAUUGCUGAAGUCUACUUUAACUCGACAACUGGCUCGAUAGAAUUCAGUGGCGGUUCUCCACACCUUACCAGAUUAUCAAAAAGAAAGCAAACCCGUGCGCCGUACGAAAAUGAUGUGCUCUUGCUUCUCCAUACCAGUGGUACAACUGGAAGACCUAAAGCCGUCCCGUUAACUCACAAGAACAUGAUCGCGACAACACGCAAUAUUCAAAAAACCUACGACCUUUCAUCCAAAGAUAGAUCUUUCUUGGUCAUGCCUCUUUUUCAUGUUCACGGCUUACUGGCCGGGCUGCUGUCUCCCCUUGCUGCAAGUGGCUCAUGUGUCAUACCACCCCGCUUUGCUGCCCGGACAUUUUGGUCUGAGUUUGUGCUCAGCAAAGCUAACUGGUACACAGCGGUUCCCACUAUCCAUCAAGUCCUACUGCAAAUCCCGCCUCCUUUACCACUACCUAAAAUCAGGUUCAUUCGGUCUUGCUCAUCUGCUCUCAGUCCUACAACUCAUGCACAGCUUGAGCGUACCUUUCAAGCGCCUGUUCUUGAAGCCUAUGCAAUGACCGAAGCUACUCACCAAAUGACAUCCAAUCCACUUCCUCCAGCCAUCAGAAAGCCUGGCUCAGUUGGAAAGCCGGUGGGAGUAGAAAUGAAAAUCUUGGAUUUUAAUAAAGAAGAAGAAGUGGAAGAGGGUGAAGUUUGCAUUCGAGGACCGAAUGUGACGGCAGGCUAUCUCAACAAUGUGUCAGCAAACAAGAGUUCAUUUACGGUCCCUGGGGGAUACUUUAGGACUGGAGAUCGAGGCAAAAUUGACGCUGAUGGGUUUUUGACGCUAACUGGUCGGAUUAAGGAACUGAUCAAUCGAGGUGGUGAAAAGAUCUCACCGGUCGAACUGGAUGGAGCUUUAUUAUCGAUCGAAGGCGUUACAGAAGCUGUUGCCUUUGGGGUUCCUGAUCGCAAGUAUGGUGAAGUCCCAUGGGCAGCUGUAGUCCUACGAAAAUCAUCCUCUAAACGAGCCCCUUCUGAGUCGGAAAUCCGGAAUGAGUUGUCUAAAAAACUCGGGAAGUUUAAAAUCCCGGAAAGAUUUGAUGUCGAUCAGAUUCCAAAAACUGCCACUGGAAAAGUCCAACGAAGGAAAGUCUCUGAAAUCUUUAGAAAGAGUCACCCUGAUAACAAUGCCAAAGCUCGACUAUAGGCAACCCCCAUGCCGUUUUCCGACGUGUGUUGAAAAUGCGUGUCGAGUCAUCAUCUCUUACUUUUUUCACUUUGGAAGUUGGUUACAGCCAACAUGAAUUCUGACUUGCAAUGUUUCUGAUCCAAAAAGAAGUGUAGAUAUCUCUGCUUAUGUAUUGUUUCUUUCAAUCUCUUCCCCCGAACUUUUGGGUAUUUGCUUCAGACUCACUCCCUUCCCCAUCAAAGAAACAUGGUCUGUUAAAGGGCCAUGGGGGGAUAAGACCUAAAGGUUACAUUGUGAAUCUUGCAAUGUGA